GGGAAGCAGGGGCGGCCCCGGGCAGCCAUGGGGGCGGUGAGCGCCCGGCCGCGGCCGCCCUGGCAGCAACGGGCCGGGGAGCGGCCCCGCUGAGCGGCCCCAGGGAUGGACAUCCAGGCCGGGGGAGCUGUGGCAGAGGCCAUGGUGCGCAUCGGGGACCAGAUCAUCCUGGAGGAGAACUAUGAUGAGACCUACAUUCCCAGUGAGAAAGAAAUCCAGGAUUUUGCACGGCUGAUUGGGAUUGACCCUGAGAAGGAGCCAGAGCUGAUAUGGUUGGCCAGGGAAGGCAUCGUGGCCCCAUUACCACCCCAGUGGAAGCCCUGCCAGGACACCAAUGGUGAUGUCUAUUACUUCAACUUUGCCAAUGGCCAGUCCAUGUGGGACCAUCCCUGUGAUGAUCACUACAGAGAGCUGGUGGUACGGGAGCGAGAGAAGCUGCUGGCACAGGGCUCCCUCCGGAGGAAAGAGAAGAAGAAAGACAAGAAAGAGAAGAAAGCCAAGAAGGAGAAGAAGGAAAAGGAGAAGCAGUCCCUGAAGCGAUCCACACCCUUAGGCACCCUGCUGGCACCCAUCCCAGCACCCCUGGGCACCCUGGCUCCGCUGCGAGGCCUCGGGGCAGCUCCUGCCACCAUCCUGCGUGGGGCAGUGGACUCAGAUGUGGGCAGCUCGUUGGACUCCAGCCCCAUGGGCACAGGGGGAACGCAGCUUGCAGAGCCCUGCAAGCUCACCCUGCAGAGCAAGAAGCUGCUGGGCUUGGUGUGUGAAGAGAGGAGUCCCUUGAACACAGCAGCGCUGGAGGAAGGGAGAAACGAGGAGGAGGAAAGUGAGGAGAGCCUCCGUGGGACAUCAAAGUGGCUUAAAAACGUGCACAUGGAUGUCAGUGCCCUGGGAGGCAGCUUCGAGUCAGAGCAGGAGCACAGCAAAGCAGAGGAGGAGCAGCACAGCAACCUCGUGGCUGAUCUCCAGCAGCAAGGGACUCCCGAGGAGGAAGCUGGCAGCCUGGGAGAGAAGGAGUCUCUAAGAUCCAAACACCCUGAGGAGGGCCAAGAGGCUUCCCUGGAGUCCGCUGCCACCUGCCCUCCCACUCUGGUCCAAGCCCUCCCUGGGGAUGCUGACAGCAACCUGUGUGGGCAGCAGGAGGAGGAAUCCGAUGGGAAACUGGCUGGGAGUGAAGCAGUGGAUGAAGAAGAUGCAGAGGUGGAGGUGGAAGGUGACAUCUCUGCAGCCCCUGAGGCGCCCCAGGCUGCAGGGCAGAGCAGCGUGGCAGAGCCGGAGGUGCCCAGCGGGCAGGGGCUGGAGGCUGGCAGAGGCCCCCAGCUGCAGCAGCUGAGCAGCCUGGCUGCCAGCCUGGACACUGAGCCCCUGGGUGAAGAGGGAGAGAAAGAAGUGAGGGGACAAGCAGCAGCAGCUGAUCUGCAGGCAGGCAGCAAGCUGGAUGCUGGCCAACUCUCCAGGGGGUCUGAGGGCAGCGCUGGUGAGGAGGAGCUGCAGGGCUGCAGGCGCCGGGACCGAGAGCAGCUGCAGCCUGCAGAGGGCCAGGAGCUGAGAGAAGAGGGAAAAGCCCAAAGCAAAGGCAGUGUAGAGGAGGAGCAGAGCAGAAGAACAAGAGCUGCAGAGAGUGAGGGGGGACAAAGUGCUGCUGAAACCCCAGAAGAGAAGCAUUUUGCUUUAGAGGAAGCCAGUCUGGAGGAAGUGGUGGCAGAGGAGCUGGAGGAAGGAUCAGAGAGGUCAGUGGAUGGCCAAAUCAACCCUGAGGAGCUGAAGGAAGGAUCAGAGGGGUCAGUGGAUGGCCAAAUCAACCCUGAGGAGCUGAAGGAAGGAUCAGAGGGGUCAGUGGAUGGCCAAAUCAACCCUGAGGAGCUGAAGAAAGGAUCAGAGGGGUCAGUGGAUGGCCAAAUCAGUCCUGAGGAGCUGGAAAAGAGACCAGAGGGGUCACUGGAUGGCCAAAUCAACCCUGAGGAGCUGAAGAAAGGAUCAGAGGGGUCAGUGGAUGGCCAAAUCAACCCUGAGGAGCUGGAGAAGGGACCAGAGGGGUCAGUGGAUGGCCAAAUCAACCCUGAGGAGCUGAAGGAAGGAUCAGAGGGGUCACUGGAUGGCCAAAUCAGUCCUGAGGAGCUGGAAAAGAGACCAGAGGGGUCACUGGAUGGCCAAAUCAACCCUGAGGAGCCAGAGGAGGGAGCAGAAGGGUCACUGGAUGGCCAAAUCAAUCCUGAAGAGCUGGAGAAGAGAGCAGAGUGGUCACUAGAUGGUCAAAUCAGUCCUGAGGAGCUGGAGAAAGGAUCAGAGGGGUCACUGGAUGGUCAAAUCAACCCUGAGGAGCUAGAGGAGGGAGCAGAGGGGUCACUGGACAGCCAGCUGAAGCCUGAGGAGCCCCAGGAAGAAGCAGAGGGGUCACUGGAGAGCCAGAUGAAGCCCAAGGAGCCCCAGGAAGGAGCAGAGGGGUCACUGGAGAGCCAGCUGAAGCCCAAGGAGCCCCAGGAAGGAGCAGAGGGGUCACUGGAGAGCCAGCUGAAGCCUGAGGAGCCCCAAGAAGGAGCAGAGGGGUCACUGGACAGCCAGCUGAAGCCCAAGGAGCCCCAGGAAGGAGCAGAGGGGUCACUGGAGAGCCAGCUGAAGCCUGAGGAGCCCCAGGAAGGAGCAGAGGGGUCACUGGACAGCCAGCUGAAGCCUGAGGAGCCCCAGGAAGGAGCAGAGGGGUCACUGGACAGCCCACAGAACAUGCAACUCGAGGAGGAAACCAAACAUGAGAAGUCCUUGACCCAGCCUGGGGAGGAAUCCCUGGAGGUUGUAGCCAAGGAGCUGGAGCAAGAGAAAAUGCAAUUGUUGCUAGCAAAGGAGGAGAGAAUUCAUCGAUUCCAGGAGGAGAUGAGGCAGCAGGAGGAGGAGGAAGCUGAGAAGCUUCGUCAGCAAAAAGAAGAGGCCCUCAGAGUUCUAAAGGAAGACCUGGCCCAGCUUGCUGAGGAGGAAGAGCUGCGUGUCAGGAGGGAGGAAGCUGAGAGGCUCUCGGGGCUGCGAGCCAGGCUGGCUGCAGAGACCAGGGCAGAGGAGGAGAAGAUGAGGGCAGAGCAGGAGGCCACGCUGCAGAGACUGAGGGAGGAGUGGGAAUCCCAGCAGGCAGCAGAGAGGGAGAGCCUGGGGAGGAAGCAGCAGCUUGACUUGGAGAAAAUGAAGCUGGAAAUGGAGGAAGCUCAGCAGAGAGAGAUGACUGAGCUGGAAGAAGAGAAGGAACAAUUCCUGAGGGAGCUGAAGGAGAGGUUGGACAGGGAAAAGAAGGAGGCAGCAGAGGAGCUGGAGAAACAGUUUGCAGCUGAACUCCAGCAGCUGAGAUCUGCAGCAGAAGAGAAGCAUCCCAAGGGCACUUCCAGCCUGCAGACCCAGCUGGCAGAGGCACAGAGCAGUGAGGAGGCUCAGCUGUGUGAGGCCUUGCCGAGGGCAGAGCAGAAGGGGCAGAGAAAGGCAUUCCAUCUGGCCGAGUACCAGCGGGAGCUCAGUGAGCUCAUGAGGGAGAAACGCCAGGAAGUGGAGAAGGAGCACGAGAGAAGAAUGCAGAGGCUGAAGGAGGAGCAGCAGGCAGCCCUGGCUCGGGCUCGGGAGCAGUAUGAGCAGGAGCAGGAGCGGAGGCAGCGAGCGGAGCUCUGCGAGGGCCUGGCUCAGCUCCGGCUGCUCAAGGAGGCAGAGGUCAAAGCUCUGCAGGCAGAGCUGGACCAGAGGCUCACUGCACUGCAGCUCCAGCACCAGGAGAAGGAAAGGAAGCUGCAGGAUUCAGAAAGUGAGCUUGAAAUACGCAUGAAGAACAUCCAGGCCAGAUCAGCUCAGCUGCUGAGCCAGGAGGAGACUCUGAGAAUGAAGAAGCAGCAGCUGCUGGAGGAGGACAGAAGGGCUGAGCUGGAAAGAGAGGAUGCUGCCUCGGCCUCUCGGCUGCGCCUGGAGGAGAGCAGGAAGGAGCACUGCAGCCUCCUGGAGGCCACCCGGCGGCUGCGCAGGGCUCUGGAGGAGCUGCAGGACCAGAAGGCAGAGCUGGAGGCUCAGGUGGAACUGCUGCAGGCCCGGAGCCAAAGGCUGCAGAAAUACCUCAGUGAGCUGGAGGCAGCUGUCAGGAGCAGACAGGAGGCUCUGAAGGAACUGGAGGCAAAAGAGGGUAUGGAAUCUCCAAGGAGAAAAGCUGAGCUCUGUGUUGAAGACCUCCAAGAAGCUCCUCAAGCUCACUCGUCCAGAGAAGCUCCUUCCCCACCCUGCCCCAGCCAUGAGGACAGUGACUCCCAGUUUGACCACCUCAGGAGCCUCAUCAGCGCCGAGAGCCUCUCCCUGCACAGUGCCAAGGAGUUCCUGCGGCGCCAGGCCCGCUCCGUGCGCCGGCGGCACACGGCCCUCAGGGCUGCCAAGCAGCAGUGGCACCAGGACCUGCAGAAGGCCCAGGAGGUGGUGCAGGACCCUGACACCUCCCAGCUCCUGGGGGACAUCCACAGGAACCUGGAGGAGGAAGCGAAGCAGCUGGACAAGAUGAGGUCGGUUAUGCGGAAGGGGCAGCUGCUGCUCAAGAGGAAAGAGGAGAAGCUGAGCCAGCUGGAGUCCUCCCUGCUGGAGGAGCUCUCAGAUGAGGACAGCCUGAGGAGUGCUGUGUGCCAGAGGGUGGUGACUUUUGAUCUCAGCAGCUCCGAGGACACCAACAGCUCCUCCACUAGGAACCUACCUCAGCCCAGCUUGGAUCUCAGAGCUGGUUUGUGCCCUGCCCUGCAGCUGGAGAAGGUGCAGAGCUUGAGGACCCCUCUGCAGCGCAUCAACAGUGAGCUGAGCUCGGUCCUGGGCGUGCUGGACUCCCUGAGCCACCACUGCCCCCUCCUCACCUCCACACCCUGCACUGCUGCCCCUCUGCCCACCUCUGCCUCCCUGGCAGGACUUCAGGCACCUGCUGGGGUGUCUCUGGCAGAUCAGUGGGCCUGGGGCCCUGGGCUGAGCUCUGCUCUGCCUUCGGCAGCUGGGCAGUCUGCGGGCAGCAUCCCAGCAGAGAGCUGGCACAAGUAUGGCUCAGGUGGGUCCCCAUUGCUGGGUGGAAGUUCCAAGCCUCUGGAGAGCAGCCUGGGCUAUGUUCCUGCAGGGGAGCAGAUCCGGCGGCUGCAGCACUCCCGGGGCUCAGACAAGAUGAGCAUCCAGGUUAUGAUUGACACCAACAAGAAAUGGCUGAAAGACUUCCAGAGGGAUUCCAAAGUACCUCUCUUCCCAGGAGCAGCAAAGGGCCCUGCCAGCAGCCCCAGCCUGCUGCAGCUGGGUCUGGAUGAGAACAGGCACAUCAAAGUGCUCCACUACUGACAGCUGAGCCCAGUGCCCACCUCGGGUGGCGGCGGUGCCCAGCCAGCUCCGCUCUGCCUUUGUGCUGUGCCCUUGGAACAGUCUCUUUAGCAGAGAGGGGUGGGGAAGGAAGAAGCAAACUUCCCAGGUGGAUUCUCCUAAUCCUCUAACGUGUCCAAAUAGACUUUACAGACUGCUUAAGCCAGUGGUGCAGCACCGAGGCUCCAAUAAAUCAACACAGCUCUCA